GGGGCUUCGGGGGCUGCGUUGACCGUUGGGCGGCGAGCGGCGCGUGCGGGUCCGAGUUGCGGGUCCGAGCGGGGUUUUGCGGGGCCUUUGGUUGCGUUUGAAUGUUUGGGGGUCUUUGUGUGGCUGUGAGUCGGUUGAAAUAAAUAAUAUGCAGAUCAAGAUUUCAUCCAGAUGAUUUAAGUGAUUGCUGAUCAUUGUUUUCUUCAUCCAACUUUUAAAAUGGCUCAAUGGAGUUGCUACCUUUAUUUAAUGUUGAUAUAUAUUUGUCAUUUUUGUGCCUUUGGUGGUACGAAGACAUUACGCAGCCUGAGUCAUCAACAUUUUUUCAAUAUUCUACGAUCAGGAAAAACAUCGUUAAUUUAUUUCAGGAGAACUGUCAACCCAACAGUUCGACUUUUCCUUGAACAACUAGAACAAUCAUCAGAACCGCUUGACGAAUAUGGCAUCACUGUUGCUCAGGUUAAUUGUGCCAUUGAAAAUAUACCAAAAUAUUGUGAAGAUGAAGGUGUCCAGAAGAAAGCAUAUCUCUUCCGGGGAAAUAUAAUGCUUAGGAGUUUUGCAACCGACACGUUGUUUGAUGUGGAUGCAACUGUAGCAAAUGUAUUAUUUAUUUUGUUGUUUAAUGAAAUAAGAUAUGUCUCUUCAAUGGCGGACCUUCAGGACAUUGAAAAUAAUAUGAAAGGAAAAGGUGAUGUCAUCUUUACAUUUGUAGGAGCAAUAGGAGUUCCAGAGCACAGAGCAAUAAUGGAAACUGCGUUUGUUUAUGGUUCCAAAUAUCAGUUUGUACUGACCACAGAGCAAGCCCUUUUGGAAGGCCUGGGCCUUGAAGAUCCCGAUAGGUUCUCAGCAAGACUUUGGUUUUGUCAUUGCAAGAUGGUUGCUGAAAAGAGUCAGGCAUGCAGGAGAUCCUAUUAUGAACAGCCUCUAACUACUGUGAAUAUCCAUCGCUACCUUAAAGUAUUGGAUGCCCCACUUGUGAUGGAGGUUGCUGUGGAACCAGAAAAAGUCUCCACCAUCCACGUCCAGCUAAAAAUGCCUGUAGUCUUUCUUUUUACGCAAAAAGAGACUUAUGAACAUGACAAAACAACUGCCGAAUAUAUUGCCUGGCAGACCCUGGGAAUUGCAGGAGUUGUAUUGGUGCCAAGGACGCAGCUACAGCCUAAGGUGCCUCUGGAUGUCAAUGUGGGCUACAGACCUGCUGGAGAGGCUUCAGCUAUUAGCUAUCAGGUUGUGGCAUCCUUUGAAGAAAUUAUUAGUCUAGUCAAAGGUGAAAUGAAAAAUGAGUCAACUGGAGAACAAGAUGAAGAGGAAAAUGAAGACAUGGAUACCACAGCUAUUCAAGAUGAUCAAGUGGCUGAGGCUAUCUACAGGGACAGAAAAAGGGAACUCAAUCUGGAGCUACUUCAUGAAUUAACAGACCAAAGCUUCAAUGCAACUUUAAAGGGAGCUGCGAAUGUCUUGGUGGUGUUUUACACUGCUUGGGAUGCUGUGUCUCAGACAUUUUUGCGGUCCUAUGUGGAAGCAGCUCGCAGACUUGCAGAUGUGGAGGAACUUUUCUUGGCUCUGGUCAACUGUGGAGACUGGCCAGACGUUUGCUCAAAACAGAAUGUUAUACAAUUUCCCACUAUCAAGAUGUACAGUCAAGGAGACAACCCUUUACUGUACAAUGGAAUGUUAGGAACAGAAAGCCUACUGAAGUUUAUUAUGCUGAGCAGAGAACCCCAUCCUAUCAAGUUGACUUCAGUAGAUGAAGUUGAAGCUUAUCUGAGAGGAGAGCUCCACAGUGAUCUCAGAUCGUAUUGGGAGUUAUCUGUUCUCGGACUAUUCAGCCCAAAUAUGAAAGAAGCAUAUGAUGCUUUUAUUGGUGCUGCCAAUUACUUGCGAGGCAAUGUGGUAAUGGCAGUGUAUUUGGAGAAAAAUGCUCUAGAUCUUUCUUAUAGAUAUGGUGUGCUUCUGCCAGCUCUGGUAUUUGCUAGGCACUGGACGUCAAGUACAGAGUGCAUUCAUAUUGAAAAGCCUACCACUGAAGAAAUAGUCUAUGCAGUCAAAAAUGCAACAUUGGAAAAGUUUCCUGAAGUCACAGUGGAAAAUCUCGCUGUUUAUUUACAAACCCAGAAACCUUUACUCAUUCUUUUUAUUGAUAAUGAUGACCCCAAGACCACAAAAGCUAAAGAAGAGCUUGCUGAGCUGAUUAAAAUAAAAAGUUUGCAGACUUAUACUACAUGCUGGAUUGAUCUACGAAACACACAUGUUGGAGGUGAAAUUCUUCAAGUAUAUUUGAACCAUCUUCCUCAAUUACCAGUUCUUGUCUUAGUGUACAUCCAUUCUGGAGGACAUGUGUUUGCAUUUCCAGAAGAGCAGCUUAUCUCAAGAAAGGAUGUAUUGCGCUGGUUAAAUAAGGUGCAGGCAGGACAAGAAGAUCCCAGCAGUUUUCUGCAUGAUAAAGAAUGGAGGCCCCCGCAAACUACUUAUGACUUUUUAGCCAUUAUGGAUAUUGUACGUCCUGGAUUUGCACAGCAGAGAACGCCCAAUUUUUCAAAAAUGAAAGAACGAUAUGAGGAGGACAAGGAGGGUGAGAAUGAACAAAGCGAGAAUAAUAUGGAAGAAGACCAUGGAAAGCCACCAAAAGAAUCUGAGAGACCAAAUGUGCAUGAAAGAGCUUGCAGUGUACCUCAUGAGGGGAAGAAGGAGCAGCAUCAACCUCAUUCUGAACUAUGACUAAAAGCAAAAUUUAGCAUGUGGGCAGUUCGUAAUGAUCCCCUGUUGUACUGAUUUUACUGAACUCCAGUACAGUAUAACUUGACUUGCAAUGGACAUUCUAUAACCUUCUAUUAUAAAAGAUGGAAAAUAGUUGCACGACAAAGACUGAACAUAACUUUUUCUGUAUAAUACAACCCAAAGCAGACUGCUAGUUUUUGUUGCAAAUAUUGGACAUUUCUAGAUGUAUUAAGUUACUCUUGCAGUACAGCAUAUCUAUGCAAAAUUGGUUUGGGAUCAGGGUUUUAGAAUUCCAAAUUAGAAAUGAACACAGGCUUGUAAGAUUAAUAAAAAGACAGAAUUGGUUAACUCCAGAUAAUGGCGUUUACACAACCAACAGAUAUGUAUUUUGGAUCAAGCCUAACAAUUGUAAAGAAGCAUAGAUGUGAUUGGGUUAUGAAGUCUCAUAUGAAUUGAGGCGGCAUAUCUAAAAAUAAUACUUUUGAGACAUGGCUGGCAUUUACACCAAAAACGAUAGUUCUCUUAUGCAGAUACUUUUUAAAAAGAUCUGUCUCGCUUCAGUUGGUUCUUCUGACAUUGUAACAAGUGAUACGAUCACCGAACAUACAGCAGGGUCUGUUUGGUGUGAUACCACCAAUGGUAACACAAGAUUAGUUUGGAUGAAGAAGACCGUUCUAUGUCACUGCUAGUUAUCACUAUACAUACAGAGUGUAAGUCUUUUAACCAACUGGUUUGUUUUUUUACACCUAAUUUAACCUGCUGUGUUUUCUGCCAGAAGAAUUUCAACAGAAAACUGGAUUCAGAUCAUUUUAUAACACUACUUAAUUUUUAAUGAUUGCUUAUUAUUUUUAAUUGUCUUCUGAAACUAAAAUUAAUUUUAAAUCUGCAACAAGUCAGUAGUUCACUCCUGAGGGAAGAAGUUUAUAUAUUGACCUAAAUUAUCAAUUUAAGCUAUUUUAAAAUGUUUACAGAACUUUGUGUUAAUAUACAUUCAUUUUUUAAUAAACCAUAGUCCUUUGUGAUUAAUGACUCAUAAUU